AUGGACAAGAAAAGAUACCGAGGUUAUUCAGACGAGGAAGAAGACAAGGAGAAUCGAAUGGAGAAGCGACUGAGGCGACUGGAGGAUGCGAUUUUGGAAAUACGAGACAAUAAGCGUCACAAAAAGAGACGUCGACGUCACCGAAGCUCAAUGUCCCCAUCGUCAGAGGCCAAUCGGCGACGGCGUAGCAGAGGAAAAAGCAGAGGAAGAAGCCAAUUUCGAAGAAGCUCUUCGAAAGGAUCCAGCGUGUAUGACGAAUCGAUACAGCGAGAACUCUCUUACAGCCCUUCAGAGCAAUUUGUCGAUCAGACCGCUGCGCAGGUUGGGAGCUUGUCAAGCUCAUCCGCAGAGGGACAAGUGGUCCAUCAUACUGCUACGCAGGCAGUUUUGGGACAAGAUCCUCCUGCGAUAAACAAAAUAACCCAACAGACUGUCACGGUUACACAGUCAGGGGCUCCGCAGGGGUCCAGCGCAGCUGACUUGCUGGUCCAGCAGACUGCGCAGAGUUCUGUUGUGACAGAACCAGUGAUUCAGGCUAGCGCUCUCCACCUGAAUCCUUCUCAGAGUCACAGCGUAGCUGGCGAGGAAACACAGUCAACCCAGGCAGCGAUCUGUGAGGGUUCACUCGACCCCGCGAUCCUAGAGAUCUUAGGGAGACGCUUCUUGGAGGAUCGAGUUCUGGCAGAAGCAAUUCCUAAGGACUUAGUAGUUCGUUUGGAAGAAAUCCUAAAGACGGGUUUGCCCACAGAGGACAGAGUCUCUCUCAUAAAAAAGCACCCUCCGCCGUCCAAUUGCGUCAUCAUCGAUCCACCGAGAGUCAAUCCCGAGGUUCAGGCGUCUUUACAUGGGUCGGUUGUAAAGAGAGACGAGAGGAUUCACGCAAAGCAGUCGAAGAUCACGGCGUGUCUCGCCGCAAUCGUAAAGGUUUUCUCGAGAGUUCUAGAGGGCGGAGCUGAAAAAUUACUCAUUCUCGAGCUAUUGGGCGACGCUUCGAGACUGUUAGCUGACCUCCUCCACGACGAGUCGAUCAUAAGGAAAAGCCUGAUCCUCGCGAACUUAAACGUGUCGUGUAAGGAGACCUUGAACGCUACUGUCCCAGAUGAAUGGCUGUUCGGACAACAAUUGGAGGAGAAAUUAAAGGCGGAGAAGGCACUUGAGAGCUCGCGCAAGGAGCUGAAAGCUCCUCAAAAGCCACAGGGACAGAAGAAUUCAAAAAACUCGACAGCCCCGCCGCGUCGUCCUCAGAACAACCAGAGAUUUGCUACGACGUCAGGCGGGAGAAAGGAGCCGAGGAAUCAAGGAUAUUCGUCAUUCCGCCGAGACAACCACAAGAACGGGACCAACUGGAAAAACAAUCAGAAGUCCGAGCGGAGCAACAACCGGAAGCGUUAUUAGAACCAGGAACCUCAUCCGUUAUGGCAGCAGACUACCCUGGUGGCCGCAAUAUUAUCAGGAAAGCCUUCCAGAUAAGGA